AUGUUUUUAACAAGUAUAUUAUAUACAAUUAUAAUAAUUUUAAUAUUCUAUAAAGGUUUAGAAUAUUUAAUUGAAAAAAGAUCAUUCCCUUUAGUACACCCAAUUAAAGGUGUUAUGAAUGGUACAAAACCAUAUUUUAUAUUUGGUGAUUUACCAUUUCAAAGAUUAUUAAACCUUAAACCAAAAUUAAAAGAACUAGGAAGUAUUUAUUUUAGAUGGUUCUUUUGGUAUCCAAUAGUUGAAAUUAAAGAUAUAAAUGCAAUUCAAUAUGUUUACAAUGAAAAGUCAAAUAAUUAUAGUCUUUAUUGGAAUUUAAAUAAAUCUAGUAAUUUCAUUUUAACAGGUUCAGAAAUUAAAAGAUUCUUUAGAAUUUAUUAUUGUGCAUUCAAUUGUAAAGAUUCAUUACAAAGAAUUAUGCCAGUUAUAAAAUCACAAGUUUUUGAUUUCAUUCAUUCUCACAAAUUUCAAAAUUCAACAUUAUCAACAAAUGAUGAUGUUACAAAUUUUAUGUUAAAAUUAUUAAGUAGAGUUUAUUUAGGUAGUAGUGAUGAAGCAUAUCAUUGCUUUAAAGCAAAUUAUAAAAAAUUUAAUAAGAGUUAUUUAGACUUUUUUCAUUAUUUAUUUCCAACAUUAUUAAAGAUACCAAGUAAAUUCUCAAGAAAAUAUAUAAAGAAUAAGAAUAAGAGAGCUUUAUAUCAAGUGUUAGCAAUGAAAGCUUAUUAUGGUGUUGUUAAACAAUCAAGUGAUGAUCAUAUUGAAGAAUCAAUGAUAAAUAUAAUAGCAGAGACAAGUUAUAAUGAUAAAGAGGGGUUAUCUCUUGAAGAGAUAAAAAUGCCAUCCUAUUUAUUAAAUGCAUCCUCAAUUAAAGGCCCAAUGAUAAUGGUAGAGAAUUUAAUGUUUCAAUUGAUAGAAAAAUCAGAGAUUGAAAGUAAAAUUCGUAAAGAGAUUAAACUUGUAUUUGAAAAGAAUGGUAAAGAUGUAAAUUCAUUUGAUUUUGAUGAUAUAAUGGAAAUGAAAUACUUAGAAGCAACAUUGGAUGAAAUUAAUAGAUUAUAUCCACCAUUUCCAAAAUUAAUGCCACGUCAAACUAAAGAAUCUGAUAGAAUCUUAGGAUAUCAUAUACCAAAGGGUACCAUGAUAUCAUGUCCUGUCGCUGAUAUACUUAGAGAUCCUUCCAAUUUUCAAGACCCAUUAACAUUUAAACCAGAACGUCAAUUAAUUUUCUCAAAUCCUAAAUUUGCAUCACCAUCGAUUACUUCAAUUCAAGAAAUUAAUGGAUUAAGUAGUUCUUCUUCAAAUUCAUUUGCAUUACAUCAUAGAUCAUUACCAUCAAUUAACAACAACAACAACAACAACAACAACAACAACAACAACAACAACAACAACAACAACAACAACAACAACAACAACAGCAAUAACAACAGCAUCAACGGUAACAAUAAAAACAAUAAUAGAAAUUGUAUUCAAUCUUUUAAUAAUUCAGCACUUAAAAAAUCAUUUUUAUCUGAUAGUUCCUCAAUUAUUGAUAAUAUAGUUGGUACAAAUCGUGUUGAUAAAUUAAAAUUAGAUUCUUUAAAUGAAAAUAGCAAUAUUAAUAAUAAUAAUAAUAAAGAUUUAUUAAAUGUACCAAAUAUAAUUGAAAUUAAUAAAAAUAAUCCAAUUUCAAAUAAUAAAUAUAAUUCUUAUAAUAAUUUAACAAUUGAAGAAAGAAAUCAAAGAAUUAUUAAAAAUUUACCAUGGGGUAUUGGUAGUAAAAAAUGUUUAGGUAAAGAAUUGGCAAAAUUAAUAGUAAAAACAAUAAUUGUCAUACUUUAUUCUCAAUAUACUUUUGAUAAACAUCUCGAUGAAAAUGAUGAAGAAUUAUGUGAUACUAAUAAUCAACCUAAAAUUCAAAUAACUUUUAAUCCAGAAAUUAAACCACCUUUAUUACUUAAAUCAAGAAAAUUAUUUUCAAUUUCUCAACCAAAACAAUAA